AUGAACUCCUCCUGCCUCUACAGGAGAACUGCUCUGCAUUACGCGUGUGCCUAUGGCCACACGGAAGUGGUCCAUCUGUUACUCGACUACGAAUGCACCAUCAGUGUCUUCGAUAACGAGCAGUGCACUCCACUUAUUAAGGCCAGCCAGCGGGAGUUUCAUUUGUGUGUCGAUACCCUGCUUACACAUGGAGCUGAUCCGAACGACGCAGACAUGUACGGGAACACCGCGCUGCAUUACGCAGCUCUGAAUGAUGACUUAGAACUGGCAGAUCUACUGCUUGCCUACGAUGCAAAUAUCGAGGCAAAAACAAAGGAAGGCUUCACGCCAUACCUCCUUGCUCUACAGGAAAACAAAGAUUUUAUAGCAGAAUUUUUGGAACACAUGGGCGCAGAUAUACAUGCGGAGGAGCUGCUGGAUAGGAAACACCGUAAAAUGCACCGCAGGAGGAUGUGUAAGCAUACAGUGCGACGUCGAGAAGCAGCUCGCAGUACUUCUCCGAGCUUCUAUCGCAGGGCGACCAACAGAGGUGCUCGUGAUUCUGAAACUGAAAGAGACGAGCAAGACAAUGACUUCAAUGCCCAGGUUGAACGAGUGAGGAAGAAAUGCUUACUUAAGGAACUGACAGGCUCAGAGAAGUUACAUCGUAGAGCCGCAGCUACUGUUUCUGCUGCUGCCGACCCUGCUGCCCCUGGUUCUGGUAGCGCAGCUCCUGCCUCCUCUGCCGCUGCUGCUGAUGGCACUGAUCCUCCUGUUCCUGCUACUCCUGCCCCUCCUGCUUCUCCUGCCCCAACUUCUACUCCUGCCACUACUAUCCCUGAUGUUGACCCAUUCGAUUCUCCUGCUCCUUCUGCUUGUGAUACUCUGGAUGGUUCUGAUGCUCCGGAUGCACCUCAUAUUCCUGAUGAUACUCCUGAUGGUGCAGACACUCCUGAUGAUCCAAACACUACUGAUGGUCCGAAUAUCACUGAUGGUAAUGAUAGUCCCAAUGGUCCAGACAAUUCUGAUCGUCCAGCUAAUGCUGAUGGUCCAGACACUCCAGAUGGUCCGUACAUUCCUGAUGGCUUGGACACUUCUGAUGGCCCAGUAUUUCCCGAUGGUUCAAAAUAUCCUGAUGUUCCAGACACAGCUAAUGGUCCAUAUACUUCUGAUGCUCCAGAUAGUACCAAUGUUUCAGAAUAUCCUGAUGGUCUGGUCACUCAUCAUGGUCCAGUAACUUCCAAUGCUUCAGACAACCCUGACCUUCCAGUCACUCCUGAUGGUCUGGACGCUUGUGAUUGUCCAGAUACUAUUAAUGAUUCAGACAAUACGCAUGGUCUGGUCACUCCUGCUGGUCCAGACACUCCUGAUGAUCUACACACUCCUGGUGGACAGGAUAGUCCUGAUAGUUCAGAUGAUCCCGAUGGUCCUAACACCUGUGAUGUUCCAGUUACUCAUGAUGGUCCGGAUAACCAUGAUGAUCCGGACACUUUGGAUGGUCCAGAUAAUACCGUUGUAUUAGAUAAUCCUGUUGGUCCAGACACUCCUGAUGUUUCGGACACUUCUGAUGGUCUGGAUAAGCCUGAUGGUCCAGAUAAUCCCGAUGGUCCAGACACUCGCGAUGGUCCAGACACUCCUCACAGUAUGGACACUUGUGAUGAUCCUGAUACUUCUGCUGUUCCCGAUACUUCUGAGGCUUCCACUACUUCUGUUGGUUUUGAAAUUUCUAAUGGUUCCAGUACAUCUGAGAAUCCCCGUGUUUCUGAUGGUCCCGAUGCUCAGGAUGGUCCUGAUUCACCUGCACCUCCUGCUGCCCUUCUUGAUCCUGCUAUUACUGUGGAUGCUGAUGUUCCUGCCCCUCGUUCUGUUCCUGCCGAUGGUCCCGCAUCUCCUAAGGCUGCUGACUAUGAUGAUGAAGAACAUGCUCUAAAAGCUGUGAAAGACGUUCCAACUAAGGAGAAAAAUGAUAAAAAUGAAAGUGCUUGUCCUUUGGAGAAAGGAAACAAACAUGAAAUUACAAAAAGUCCAUUGAAAGAAUUGGUGAGAAUACCAACACCUAAGACAUCUAGUGCAGAAAUGGACACACCGAAGGGAGUGAGCGGUCAUCUCGUGUCAGAUUCCACCAUCAGAAUGGAACGUAAUAAUCAAGCAUUUUCAUACAAAUGCCUAAUGAAUGGAGCCCCCUGCCCUCUGGCAGAAGAAAAGAAAAGUGAAAAUAGCAAAUUCACUACAAGCGAAUCCGUGUCUGCAUCAACCAGCGCGGGGUCUCCUUUUGAAAUGGGGACUGUGCCCGAACCGCAAGUUGACGGUAGUCACGUGUCCGGUGAUCUACACCGAACUGGGAGAAGAAAUGAAAGAGCCUAUCCUUUGGAGAAAGGAAAUAAAAGUGCAAUUACAAAAAGUCAAUUGAGAGAAUUGGUGAGAAUACCAACACGUGAGACAUCCACUUCAGAAAUGGACUCUCCUUACAGUCCUGACACUUCUGGUGUCCCAGAUACUCUUGAUGGUCCGGACACCCACAAUGGUCUGGACACUUGUGAUGGUCCAGAUACUACCACUCUUUCAGAUCAUCCUGAUGGUCCGUACACCUCUGAUGGUACAGACACUUCUUAUGGUCCACAUAAUCCUGAUGGUCCAGACAUUCCUGAGGGUCCGGACACUCCUGAUGGUGCGGAUAUUCCUGUUGGUUCAGAUAAUCCUCAUGAUCCGGACACUCCCGAUGGUCCAGACAUUCCUUUCAGUCUGGGCACUUCUGAUGAUACUGACACCUCUGAUGUUCCUGAUACCUCUGAGGGUCCCAUUACUCCUGUUGGUCCCAUAAAUUCUGAUGGUUGCAGUACUUCUGAGAAUCCCCGAGUUUCUCAUGGUCCCAAUGCUCAGGAUGGUCCAGAAUCUCCUGCUCCUCUUGCUGCCCUUCUGGAUCGUGCUAUUUCUGAGGAAGCUGAGGUUCCUGCCCCUCUUUCUGUUCCUGCUGAUGUUCCCGCAUCUCCUAAUGCUGCUGACUAUGAUGAUGAAGAACAUGCUCUACAAGUUGUAGAAGUCGUUCUCACUAAGGAGAAAAAUGAUAAAAAUGAAAGUGCCUGUCCUUUAGAGAAAGUAAACAAACAUGAUAUUACAAAAAGUCCAUUGAACGAAUUGGUGAGAACAUCAACACCUAAGACAUCUACUGCAGAAAUGGACACAUUGAUGGAAGUGAAUGUUCAUCGCUUGUCAGGUGAAGUCCAGCACACAGGGAGCAGGCUUAAUGAUGGAGCUAGGGAAUCAAGCCAAGAUGGCACGCUUUGUGAACAAGACUAA